GAGGCGUGGCACAGCCUCAGCAUCCUUUGCAAUGGCUGGGGAGUGUGCGGAGUGAGCGGAUUGGCUGAGUCACGCUGUAACGUCACCGCCAGCGAGGGGAAGCUCUGAGGAUGCUCCAGCAAGCUGGAAGGGAGCAUAGUCACGGGGAAUUUAUGCUGAGAGCUCAGCCGUUGCUCGCUGUGCACUAAAACAGGGACUCCUCCGCAGAGAGCUUUCCGCACCCGACCGCCACUUCGCUCCCCCGGCUCCAGCCAUGAAUUACUUGCGACGGCGUCUCUCGGACAGCACAUUUAUCUCCAACCUGCCCAAUGGCUACAUGACAGACCUUCAGAGGCCCGACCCCGCUCAGCCUCCUCCGCCCACUCCCGUCGCCUCCGCGAAGUCCCCCACGGCCGGGCCCGCGCCCCCAGCCGCUUCCCCCGCGCCGGAGAAAAAAGCUCAGCCGCCUCAGUCGGCCGGAGCCGGUUUCUUCAGCUCCAUCACCAACGUCGUCAAGCAAACGGCCGCCUCGGCGGGGCUCGUGGAGCAAACCUCGGUCACGACACCAAAGAAGUUCAAGAUUCUCCUGGUCAUCGAUGAACAGCAACAAGAGUGGGCAAAGUUAUUCCGGGGUAAGAAAAUAUAUGGAGAUUAUGACAUCAAAGUGGAACAGGCGGAGUUUAGUGAGAUCACCAUCGUGGCCCAGGCCAGUGGGACCUGCAGUGUUACCAUGCAGGUUUUCAGGAAUGGAACCAAAAUUGUCAGGUCAUUCAAACCAGACUUUGUGCUUAUUCGCCAACACGCCUUCAGUAUGACCCAGAAUGAAGAUUUCCGCAACAUCAUAAUCGGUCUGCAGUAUGGAGGUGUCCCGAGCAUGAACUCUUUGGAGUCCAUCUACAAUCUGUGCGACAAGCCCUGGGCGUUUGCCCAACUUAUCAACACGUUCAGAAAGUUGGGCGCUGAUAAGUUUCCACUCAUUGAGCAGACCUUUUAUCCAAACUACAAGGAGAUGGUGAGCAUGCCAUCUUUCCCCGUGGUUGUCAAGAUUGGACAUGCCCACUCUGGAAUUGGAAAGGUAAAGGUUGACAAUCACAGUAAGUUCCAGGACAUAGCCAGUGUCGUGGCUCUCACCCAGACAUACACCACCACUGAGCCUCUGAUUGAGUCCAAGUACGACAUCAGAAUCCAGAAGAUUGGUGCAGACUACAAAGCCUAUAUGAGAACAUCGAUGUCAGGCAACUGGAAGACUAAUACUGGCUCUGCUAUGCUGGAACAGGUGGCCAUGACUGACAAGUACAAGCUGUGGGUUGACACCUGCUCAAAGAUUUUUGGUGGUCUGGAUAUUUGUGCAGUCAAGGCCAUUCAUGGAAAGGAUGGGAGAGAUUACAUCACAGAGGUGGUCGGCUCAUCCAUGCCGCUGGUGGGGGAGCAUCAGUCUGAGGACAGACAGCUCAUUUCCGACAUGGUGCUUGGCAAAAUGAAUCAGAUAGCGGAGAAGGAAGCAAACGUCCCUCAGAAACCGACGACCAUGCAACCAUCCCAGGGUACGGGCCAGAAAGGGGAAAUAACAGGCGAGACCAUGAAGAAUGGCGCUGGCCGACCUCCUCAAGGUUGUCUGCAGUACAUCCUCGACUGUAACGGCGUAGCUGUGGGUCCCAAACCAGUCCAGGCUAACUGAGGAGGCGGAGGAGUUCUCAGAGUCAGUGAUGUACCUAAAAGCCGAAACACAAGCGCGUGUGUGGUUGCCGAUAGCUAGGAUCACAACUGGGGGACCGGGUGCUCAGCGACAACCCUGGACUGCGUUUUUAACUCUAUGCAGAGUCCAAAUGUACUGUCUCCAUGUUGAUUUGUGUGCUUCUAUCAGUCACAUGUGUUUCAGUCGCUGUGGAUUUUCUUUGGAGCUGCUGCGGACGACGUGAGAAGCGGAUUGUGCCUAAACCGAGUUCAGCGCCGCUCUGUGUGCAACUUGUUUGACCAGCUGUGAGCCUUUAAUUUUUGA